UUCAAGAUCAAGAUUAAUCUAAAAUGGACAAGAAGGGAUCCAUCUUGAUGCACAAGUACGAGCUAGGCCGACUUUUAGGCCAAGGAACCUUCGCAAAAGUGUACAACGGCAGGAACAUUGCCACCAGCCAGCACGUCGCCGUGAAGAUCAUCGACAAAGAGAAGGUGAUGCGUGUUGGCAUGAUCGACCAAAUCAAGCGAGAGAUAUCAGUGAUGCGUCUUGUCCGACACCCCAACGUCGUCCAGCUCAAUGAAGUCAUGGCUACCAAGACCAAGAUCUACUUCGCCAUGGAGCUUGUCAAGGGUGGUGAGCUCUUCAACAAGGUUGCCAAAGGCCGACUCAAAGAAGACGUUGCUCGCAAGUACUUCCAGCAGCUCAUUGGUGCCGUCGACUUCUGCCACAGCCGUGGCGUCUACCACCGUGAUCUCAAGCCAGAAAACCUCCUCCUUGAUGAGCACGGCAAUCUCAAGAUUUCUGACUUUGGUCUCAGCGCCCUUUGUGAGUCUCGCCGCAAUGAUGGCCUUCUUCACACAAUGUGUGGCACGCCAGCGUAUGUCGCACCAGAGGUGAUCAACAAGAAAGGGUAUGAUGGAUCUAAAGCCGAUAUCUGGUCUUGUGGUGUCAUUCUCUUUGUCCUUCUUGCUGGCUUCCUUCCUUUCCAUGACUCUAAUUUGAUGGAAAUGUAUAAAAAGAUAAUCAAAAGUGAGUUCAAAUGCCCUCAAUGGUUCUCCACUGAUGUGAGGAGGCUGUUGAGUAGGUUGCUUGAUCCUAAUCCUAGUACUAGAAUCACUAUGGCUAAACUCAUGGAGAACUCUUGGUUCAAGAAAGGGUUCAAACCAGUGGAAGGCCAUCAAAAGCAACAACAUAUAGAAGAAGAAGAAGAAGAAGUAUUUCAAGAAGAAGAGGAUGAGAAGGACAAGAAAACUACGGCGAUGAUGAAGCCGACAUCACUGAAUGCAUUUGAUAUAAUAUCAUUGUCGCCGGUGUUUGAUUUAUCGGGGUUGUUUGAGAGGAGAGGGGAGAGGGAGAAGGUGGAGUCGAGGUUCACGACACAGAUGCCGGUGGCGAUGAUAGUGUCGAAGCUGGAGGAGAUUGCACAGGUGGAGAGUUUUAAGGUGAAGAAGAAGGAAGGGAUGGUGAAGUUGCAGGGGAGUAAAGAAGGGAGGAAAGGGUUGCUUGCAAUAGAUGCAGAGAUAUUUCAGGUCACACCAUCGUUUCAUGUGGUGGAGGUGAAGAAGAGAGCUGGAGAUACAUUGGAGUAUAACCAAUUUUGUAAUAGGGAUCUCAAGCCAUCGCUUAAGGAUAUUGUUUGGACAUGGCAAGACCAGGGACAAGAGCAAGGGCAAGGAGGAGAUACUUCGGCGCCGGUGCAGGCGGCUGUGCCGGCGAGGACUGACUAAUACUUUGUUGACAAUUCUUGUAUU